GUUCCAAUCGUUACGUACAAAAGAAAAAUCACACACACAAACACACAAUCCGCAGUGUUUGAUUGAGUUGAAUCGAAACAAAUCAAUGGCGUCGUCUUCCGAUCUGGAAUCAAAGGCCAAAGAAGCUUUCGUAGAUGACCACUUCGAACUAGCCAUUGACCUCUACUCUCAAGCCAUUGCUCUGUGCCCUAGCAACGCUGACCUCUUCGUUGACCGCGCUCAGGCCAAUAUUAAACUCCAAAGCUUCACUGAUGCUGUUUCUGAUGCAAAUAAAGCAAUCGAGUUGAACCCUGCAAAUACGAAAGCGUAUCUACGUAAAGGUGUGGCGUGUAUCAAUCUCGAAGAAUUCCAAACUGCUAAGACAGCCUUGGAAACUGGUGCUUCUUUGGCACCUGGAGACUCUAGGUUUACUAAUUUGAUCAAAGAAUGUGAAAAGCGCAUAGCAGAGGAAACUGAAGAGCUAACUAAGCAAUUGGUUGAUAAAGCUCCGACAAAUGUGGUGAACCUGAAUAAUUGCCUCCAGCAAUUGGUCUGUCGAGCCAAGGGACGACUGUAUCAUCUUCUAAGCCAAAAUACAGGUCAGUAUGAGGGAAAAUCUCGUGCAAGCUAAUGUUUUGCUUAGUAUCAAUUGACAUCAUUAUAUUUUUCGUGGAUGGUACUUUACGCUGUGGGGAAUUAUUUUGUUAUAACUAGUUUCUGAAGUAGGUCGUGUAUGAGUUGUUAUUUUUUGCCUUUUAAAAGUUAUUACAUGCAUAAUCCUUUUUAUUUGAUGAACCAGACCAAUUUCGUC